GUCAAAAUUAAAAGCAAGGUUGCUCGUUGCUCGCUUCAAUUUUUAAUUUAAUUAUUUCCAUUCCGUUAAAAAUGGCAGUAAAUGAAUGAACCGGUACCGUAGUGUCUCAAUUUCGCAACAAAUAAAGGCUCUGCGAGUGUUUAGCCCGGUCAUUUACGCUCCGAGUCCCCAAUUAACAUGCCCUUCCUAUGGAUCAAAGCAAAGACAUAUUUGGAAUAAGUUCUAAAUGCGACAAUGAUGGUUUGCGGUACCCGAUUUACCCUAAUUACCCGAAUUACCCGAGCGAAAAGAGGGUCGUAGCUCGACGUCGUUGGGCUAUUUUGGCCAAGGCCUUAAAGAGUCCGAUGGAAAGCCAACCAUCGAGCCCCACCAACGAAUACUCGGUGCGUCGAAUCUCCUCGUUCAUGCUCCUCAAAACGCAAGAACUCACCUCAUCGCCUCAACUGCUACCUCAAAUACCCCAAAUCGAGAAAUACACGUGGUACAAAUACAGCGUAUGCACCGAUGAGUGUAUGGAGUACUACAUAAACGUGGGCCACAGGAACCGCACCUUCUCCGCCGAAGAUCUAAUGGGAUUCAACAACACGGGCAACAUUUGCGUGUGGCCUUCGGAGGAGACUCUGAGCUACUUCGUUUGCUCGAAUUUAGAGAUAUUCAAAAAUAGAAACGUUAUCGAAUUGGGCGGAGGGAUGUCCUGCUUGGCCGGUUUGUUUGCGGCCAAAUACGGCAACCCCAAGAGGGUGUUGGUAACGGAUGGUAAUAAAUUAUCUGUAGAAAACGUGCAAGCUACGCUGAAAUGCAACGAUUUCUCCGUACCAGUUUCGUGCUGCGUGCUAGAAUGGUCGAAGUACAAAUUCGAAGAUCAAUACGAUGUUGUACUUUGUGCGGAUUGCUUGUUCUUUGACGAGGCUCGAUUGGAUUUGAUCAAUUGCAUUUGGCGUUGUUUGAGCGAUGGGGGUUCGGCUUACGUGAUGGCCCCUCGUAGGGGCAACACGCUCGAUAUGUUUGUGAAGCAAUCGGAGGAGAGGGGCUUCAAAUGCAAGAAGCUCUUGAAAUAUAACAAGGUCGUUUGGGAGAAGCGGUUGACGUUGUUGAAUAAUUGUGAUUUCGAUGAUAAUAUCCAUUAUCCUAUACUCAUAGAAGUGACCAAAUGUUAAGUGUCCUUAGUAUAUUUUUUCAUAAUUAUAUAUUUAUAUACCUAUAUCACAGUUAAUUACGUAAACAAAAACGACCAUUAUUAAUGUAUAUCUAGUCUGAUAUUUACCUUAUCUGUGAUAAUUAAUACCAAUUUCCCUCUGAAUGUCGUUAGUUUUAUUGUUAGACGAUUUAUCUUAUUGAAAUAUCAGGCGUUUCUACUUAAAUAUAAUAUUAUGUAGGUACAAUUGUUUUUAUGUAGGAUUCGAAUAUUACCAAAAAAAUGUGUCCAAUAAAUUUUAUCACGUUUCAUGUUUUCACGAUUUGCAAUGAAAGUGUGUAGAUUCAAAAGUUACCUAUUUGAUUGAACCACUAAAAAAAUUAUAACCACCAGAAUUGUAAGAGAGGACUUUUAAAUCCUAAGCUGUAAUCUCCAAUAAACUCAUAAUAUUAGGGUUUACCAGUUUUUAACCCAGUGGGUACUUUCUACCUGUAUUGGUUCCUAUUAUCGGAACGUUUAUUCAUUGUACCAAAAUACAUGUUGAUUAAUUUUAAUUUGCAAUAUAGGAUACAAAGGCUAUGGGUCUAUCGGUUUAUUUAUAAUGAUUUUUUACUCUUUGUUAUUUUCUGUAAAACUCAGUUUUGGAGUUAAAUUUCAUUUUUUGGUAAUUAUAUGAUUUUUAAGUCCCCUUAGUUUGGACAAUUUCAGGCAAUUAUUGAUAAUAAAAUUAUUUUCGUAGCAUCUUUUUAACCGAUUAAGUUAUUUCUAAUAAAAAUCUAUUUAUUAAUUCAUAAUUAAGGCCAUAUU